GACGCAGUUCAACUGGUGCUCCACUUUUGUUGUGCAGAGCGGAGCGGAGCCACAGUCUGCGGGAGGGAGCGGGGCUGGUUGGCUGCUGCAGCUGCACACACACACGGCUCUGCACGGGGACGUCGCCGCGGUGCUUUGGACCGGGCCCUCUCACACCUCUCCCUCUCUCUCCUCUCCCGUCAUCAUGGAGUUUUUACUGGGGAAUCCGUUCAGCACGCCGGUGGGACAGCGGAUCGUAAUAGAACAGCCACGUAUUUCAUGCAGAGCCGAAAGGAGGCCCGCUUCUGGAACGCUUCUGAACCGGAUCGCAGCGGAGCCGAAAGUGCGACCAACUCCAGCCUGCCAUCAGAAGACUGGGCCCUGAACAUGGAGAUCUGCGACCUGAUCAACAGCUCAGAGGAAGGACCCAAAGAUGCCAUCAGAGCCAUAAAGAAAAGGAUUGUGGGCAACAAGAACUUCAAGGAGGUCAUGCUGGCGCUCACGGUCCUGGAGACUUGCGUGAAGAACUGCGGCUACAGGUUUCACAUCCUGGUGACGACACGGGAUUUCGUAGAGGGGGUUCUGGUGCGGUCAAUCAUCCCUAGAAACAACCCUCCGUUAGUCCUGCAUGACAGAGUGCUCGGUAUUGUACAGGCGUGGGCUGAUGCAUUCCGUAGCUCACCUGACCUGACGGGCGUGGUGUCGGUGUAUGAAGACCUACGGAGGAAAGGACUCGAGUUUCCCAUGACAGAACUUGAUGGUUACUCACCUGUCCAGCAAGCUCCACAGAAGACUUUACCCAGGAAUGGUCCUGCUGUUACUACUCUACCUGCUGUGCUCCUAUCUUCCAAACCUCCGCUCAUUCCACCCCAGACCUCUGAGUUUAAACUGGUCCUAGAGGGAACCAAUGCCUUCACUCCCAUCCAGAUAAAAAAGCUGAAGACAGAGCUGGGAGUGGUGCGAAGCAACCUGACUAUGAUGUCAGACAUGAUGAGUCAGCUGGAUCCCGUCACGGUAAAACAAGCAGACAUGGAGCUGCUGGAGCAGUUGUACACAGUAUGUAAGGAUAUGCAAGAGAGGAUAGUGAAGAUCGUGCCCAGACUCAGUGAGGAGAAGCUGAUUGAAGAGUUGCUGGCAACUAACGAUGACAUGAACACUGCUUUUACUCGCUACCACAGGUUUGAACGACGAAUAGCAAAUGGGCCGAACACAGAACAGAAGAACCACACAUACGUCAACUUAACGGACCUUGAUUUAAAAGCUGAGUCUGUCGGCCAAUCAGGGAUUGCAUCAUUUUACAAUGACAGAUCACUCAGCCAGUCAAAAACCGACAGUUUGUCCAGUCAGAUGGCAACACUUAGUACGAGUGAAUCAGAUGAUGCAUUAUCGCAGAAAAUAAAUGUCUCAACUCAACAAAGACCAAGCGAGAAGAGUGAAGUUGCAGUGGACGGCCUGGCUCAGGCUCAGGACAGCAGACUGCUAAACACAGCGACGGAUGGCAGCCCAGUAUCCACCUGCAGCUCCUCACCAAAGUUAGAUUGGAUGAUUAAAAGGGGAAUGAUUCCCAUUAACCAGUCCAAUGUAAUGGAUGAUAUUGAGAAAUGGCUCGCGUUGGAUGAUGAGUAUGAUGACUUUGAGGAUUCAGACGGUGUGACCAGUGAAGAGUUCGACAGGUUUUUGGCAGAACGAGCAAAAGCUGCCGAGCGUCUGCCGUCGGUGAAGGCUUCCUCAAAGGAUACCAACCACUCCGAGUCUUAAGCUGCUGCACUUUAAAACCUGCCCGAUUUAACACUACUCAUGAAGCUCCUGCGCCAUCAGGCUGAGACAUGGAGAUUUUGUUUUAAAUCAGUGGUUGUAUGGCACAUUUGAGAUGGGAAAUGAGAACCCAUAUCUGAGGAAGGACAUCUUAGCUGUGUAUACUGCUCUUUGCUCUGGAGGAAAAAGUGUUUUAUAACUGAUCAAAAUAAUGUGAUUUAAUGAAGGAUGUGGGUUUUUACUUGACUGCAUUAUGAGGGUUUGUCCAUGUGUGGAAUGCAAACAUUUGCACAUUUUAUAUGGUUACAUUCCUGCUGUUGAAAGAGAGAGAUGGGAUGGAUUAAAUUGCUGAUAUAUAUGUUGUCCAACAUCACGUCCCCGUCAAAGUAGCAAACACUGUUUUAAGAGAAGCUCGGCUGUUAUAUGAAUUGAAUAGUUUGUUGCUUCACAUCGUUCUUGUUGUAGGAUGUUUUUUACAUCCAACAUUCCCCUUGUGAAGACUUGAAGCUGAACAGGGAGUCGUGACAGUCUGCUGUCAGAUAUUAAACUAAAACUAUUAACUGGAAGUCUGUCUGUUCUUACUGUGUAAUCCAAUUCAUGCUGUCAGAUCCUUUUUAGAUCUUGUCUGUUAAUUAGAUUUGACUUUGUUUAUUUAAAGUUUUUGUGAGUUUUACACACAUACAUUUGUGUUUUUAAUCUGUUAUUAGUCCAUUAGGCCG